GCCUUGCCAGAUUGCCUUCCAAAAAUUACAAUAUUUAUUUUAUAAAAUAUCUUCCAAGUCCUUAGUAUUUUAAAUACAACGGACAUUCGUGAUUUUAAUAGAGCAUAAAUGCACAUUUAAUUUGCAUAGUAAUAAUUGGAUCGAGGAGCAAUUAAUGUAGAAUAAGAUGCAAUCAAAAAUAUGCUGUUAACGCUUUAAGAAAAGACGCAUUAUUUUAUAUAAAUAUUAGGAACAAAUUCAAUUUGUUUGCCAGUCAAACUUACAGAUUGCUAAAAGGGGAAAACAAAAAGUGGCAUGAGCCAUUCAUCAGGAUACCGGAAAUAUGAUGAUAAUGAGUGUAGUGGGCCUAGACCACCUGUACCCGGAGAAGAAAGUCGAGCUAAAAAGAUGACCGAAGGGGUGGCUGACAAUUCCCGAAACUCACCACCGUCAUAUUUGAAUUGGGCCCGAACACUUCAUCAUCUUCUGGAAGAUCGUGAUGGUGUAGAACUAUUUAAAAAAUAUGUUGAAGAAGAAGCACCUGGGUAUAAUGAUCAUUUAAAUUUUUAUUUCGCCUGUGAAGGUUUAAAACAACAAACUGAUCCAGAAAAAAUCAAACAGAUAAUAGGAGCGAUAUAUCGGUAA